AUGCGUCCCACAACCCUCCUCCCCCUCGCCCUCCUCCCCGCCUCCGUCGCCCCCCAGUCCCCCCUCUGCCCCCUCACCCCCUGCGCCGCCGUCCACGUCCUCCUCCUCCGCGGCACCAACGAGCCGUACCCAGGCCUGCAGCAGCCCAUCGCCGAGGCCAUCUGCGCCGGCUGGGACUGCACGUGGGCCAGCGUCGAGUACCAGGCCGUUUUCCACGACUACUGCGACUCCGUCGAGGGCGGGAUCGCCAACACGCGCAGCGCGGUCACCGAGUACGCCACGCGCUGCCCGGGCUCGAAGAUCGUGCUGUCCGGCUUCUCGCAGGGCGGGCAGGUCGUCGGGGACGUGCUCGGCGGCGGGGGCGGGACGUUCAGGAGCCAGAACUGCACGCAGGAGGGCAGCGAGGGGAUGGCGCCGGACGCGUUUCCUGGGGAUCACGGUGAGUGCGAAGCGAAGUGGCAGUGCCUGCCGGAUGAAUGUAUAUGCUGGUGGAGACUGAUCUGCGGAAUAGUUGCUGCUGCUCUUAUCUGGGGCUCGCCGCGGCACGUUGCGAACCAGACGUACAACUUGCUGGUCGGGGCGCGGAUGCAAUCGGGCUUCCCCAGGGAGGGCGCGCAGCUGGAGUCGCUUGAUCGGUGGUCUGCGCGGCUGAGGGACUAUUGUAACGAUAAUGAUCCUGCAUGCGCGCAAGGGACCAGCUGGGAGGCGCAUGAGAAUUAUGGGUUGAAGUAUGCCGAGGACGCUGCUCAGUUUGUGAGAUUCAAGGUGUGUUGA